UUAAAAGCCAGCACACAUCUGACAACAGGCAGAAGGUCACUGACAAGAAGAAAGUUGAUUUUGAGAACAGAACUUUACUGUGAACUCGCAUCAGCUGUUAGCUGUGCACAAUUGCCUGGAUUUGCUGUUAUUUCGGACUGUAACACUGGCAAAACUUUCUGCAUCACUAAAUUUGUAUUUGAAUUUCCAUAAUGAAUGUGGUUCCUUGUGCUCGGUGUGGGUUUGGUGUUUACCCUGCGGAGAAAGUUAACUGUAUAGACCAGAUAUGGCACAAAGCUUGUUUCCACUGCGAGACCUGCAAGAUGAUACUCACUGUAAAUAACUUUGUCAGCUUCCAGAAAAAGCCGUACUGCUAUGCACACAACCCAAAAAAUAACACAUUUACCAGCGUAUAUGAAACUCCUGUCAACCUACAUGUGAAAAAACAAUCAGAAGCUUUUAGUGAGAUAAAGUAUCGUGAAGAAGGAGUGAAAUUCAAGUCUGUUUUUCACUGGGAUAUGAGGUCCAGAGAACUUGAACACAAUUCUAAAAUAAAUCAAAUGAUUAACCAGAAAGCUUAUGAAGAAGGGAAAUCUUGGUACGCGGAAAUAGAUCCAGAAACGGUUCAAGUUACUGAGGCUCAGAAGACACUUACUGAUGGAAAGUGCAGAGAAACGUAUGAGCAGCAGACGAGGAAAGGAAGCUUCCCCGCUAUGAUUACACCAUCUUAUCAGACGGCAAGGAAAGCCAGUGAUCUUGUUAGUAAUGUGCAAUACAAGCACGGACACGAGGAGCGAAUAUCCCAGUACGCCAGUGUUGUAGACACUAAAGACAUUAUACAUGCCAAGGCUGCAGGGCAACUCUUGAGUGAUGCAAAGUACACAGAAGAUUAUGAAGAACAGAAAGGAAAGGGCAGCUUCCCAGCAAUGAUAACUCCAGGCUACCAGAUAGCGAAACGGGCCAAUGAGCUCGCCAGCAAUGUAAAAUAUCAUCAGAAUUAUCAAAAGAAGAUCAAGGGGAUUGCAAACCAGACAGCUGUGACAGAUGUAGCUUUUAAAAAACAAAAUACAGAUCAGUUGUGUGAGGAUUACACAGAGGAAUAUGAAGAAUAUAGGGGUAAAGGCAGCUUUCCUGCCAUGAUAACGCCGGCAUAUUUACAUGCCAAGAGGGCCAAUGAGAUUGCAAGUGAUAUUAAAUAUAAAAAAGAUUUUUCAAAGAUGAAAGGAGCAGCCCAUUACCACUCGCUUGCGGCUGAAGACAACUUGACAAUGAAACAAGCCCAGAGCGUCAAUAAGCUGGCUAGCGAGGUGGAAUACAAGAAAGGUCUGGAACGCAGUAAAGGACACAGCAUUAACUAUUGUGAAACACCCCAGUUUAAGAAUGUCAGCAACAUCUCAAAAUACACCAGUGAUUUGAAGUAUAAAGAAAAGUAUCAGAACCAAGUGAAGGGACAUUAUGACGGAGUGGGAAUGGACAAACGCACACUGCAUGCCAUGAAAGCUGGAAGCCUUGCCAGCAAUAUAGCGUACAAAUCGGAUUACAAACAUGAUGAUGUAAACGCAGAUUAUUACUACCCUGCUACGCUGGCUCCAUCAUACCAGACCACCAAGAAACUGGUUCCACUAAAAGAUGUAAACUACAGACAAAGUAUUGACAAGCUGAAGUUCAGUUCUGUAACCAAUACUCCUGAAAUUCUACAAGCCAAAGUGAAUGCCCGGCAGCUGAGUAACUUAAAUUAUCGAGCUGAGUAUGAGAAAUCUAAGACACAUUAUACUCUGCCACAAGAUGUUCCGGAAUUAAUCAAAGCCAAGUCUAACGCUGAGCUCUAUAGUGACAUAAAAUACAAAGAAGGCUGGACAAAAAGCAAAGGUCAAGGUUUUGAGAUGCGUUUGGAUACCUUGUCGAUUCUCGCAGCCAAAGCAUCCCGGGACAUCGCAAGUGAUAUUAAAUACAAAGAGGAAUAUGAGAAGAGCAAAGGAAAGGCCAAUGCGGCCAGUGAUUCACGUCUUAUACAUUCACUGCAAGUAGGGAAGAGGAACAGCGAGAUUGCUUACAAAAAAGGAUUUGAAGAGAGUAAGACACAGUUUCAUUUGUCUAUGGAUAUGGUCAAUCUUACUCAUGCCAAGAAGGCUCAGGCUUUGGCCAGUGAUCUGGACUAUAGAAAGAAGCUGCAUAAAUACACAAUCAUUCCUGAAGAUAUGAAGGUCACAUGGGCCAAGAAAGCAUAUGACCUUCAGAGCGAGCUCCAGUACAAAUCAGACCUAAACUGGAUGAAAGGUGUUGGAUGGCUUACCGAGGGGAGUCUCAAUGUGGAACAGGCCAAGAGAGCCGGUGAUCUAUUUAGUGAGAAAAAGUAUCGCCAGAAAGCGGACGCUCUGAAGUUCACCAGUAUAGCUGACAGCCCGCAGAUCAAACAUGCCAAGAAAAGUCAGGAGCUACAGAGUGAUCUUGCUUACAAGUCUGGAACAGAACAUAUUCUCCACCACUACACAAUCAGUAAAGAUGAGCCUGUAUUCCUACAAGCCAGAACCAACGCUGCAAACCUGAGCCAGAGGUUGUACAAGAGUAGCUGGGAGAAGCAGAAGCAAAAGGGAUUUGAGCUGCGACUGGAUACCUUGUCCAUUCUUACAGCCAAAGCAAAGAGGGAUCUUGCAAGUGAUAUAAAGUAUAAAGAAGGCUAUGAAAAAACAAAGGGUAAAUUAAUUGGUGUCACAGGAGUGCAGGGAGAUUCUCACAUGACUCAUUCUCUUCAAAUGACCAAAAUGCAAAGUGACUUGGAGUAUAAAAGAAGAUCUGAGGACUCAAAAACACAGUAUCAUAUGUCCAUGGAUAUGCUUGACAUGGCACAUGCAACCAUGGCCCAGGGCCUAGCAACUGACCGCGGGUACAGAACAUUCCUCCAUCGGUACAGUGCCCUCCCAACUGACAUGAAGGUUCAGUGGGCAAAGAAGGCAUAUAACCUGCAAAGUGAUAAUCAAUAUAAAUCUGACCUGAAGUGGAUGAAAGGAGUUGGAUGGAUUGCUACUGACUCGCUGAAUGUGCUGCAGGCAAAAAAAGCAUCCAAGCUCAUUAGUGAGAAAUCAUACAGACAGCAGCCCUCAGCUUUAAAAUUUACCAGCAUUGAGGAUACACCAGAAAUGAUACAAGCAAAAAUAAGUUACAACCAGGCUGUCGACAGCAAAUACAAAGAGAAGGGAGAGAAUAUAAAACAUCAUUAUACAUCCAUCAGUGAGCUCCCUGAACUUCUGCAAGCAAAACUAAAUGCUAUAAAUAUCAGCGAGACACGAUACAAGGAGUCAUGGAGCCGUUUGAAAGAUGGUGGAUACAAGCUGAAGUUAGACGCUAUUCCGUUCCAGGCUGCUAAGGCCUUCAGCGAAAUAAUAAGUGAUCAUAAGUAUAAAGAAGAUUUUGAGAAAACCAAAGGCAAGAUGCUCGGUCUGCGCAGAGUAGAAGAUGAUAUGAGUAUUGCGCAUUCUGUUCACGCAUCAUCUCUGCUCAGUAAUGUACAGUACAAGAAGGGCUUCGAGCAGAGUAAAACUCAAUUCCGUUUGCCUAUGGAUAUGGUGAACCUGGUGCAUGCUAGGAAAGCGCAGUCACUGGUCAGUGACCAAGACUAUAGACACCUACUACACAGCUAUACUGCCCUUUCCGAUGACCUUAGAAUAAUGACUGCUAAGAAAGCCUAUGAACUUCAGAGUGAGAAUCUUUAUCGAUCUGACCUAAACUUCAUGAGAGGUGUUGGCUGUAUUAUACCAGGAACUCUAGAUAUUGAAGUGAAAAAGAACGCUUCUGCUCUCAUAAGCGAGAGCAAAUAUCGACAGCAGCCACAUACGUUCAAGUACACAACGGUUGCUGACUCCCUGGACUUACUCCAUGCGAAGUUUAGCAAUAAGAUUACCAAUGAGCGGUUAUACAAAGCAGCAGGAGAAGACAGUCUCCACCAUUACACCACUAUCGUAGGAUUACCGGAGCACGUCAGGGCCAGGCUAAAUGCGGCCAACCUUAGCGAUAUCAAAUACAAAGAAUCUUGGCUGACAAUGCGGGCACAGGGACACACGCUGACAAUGGAAGCACUCCCAUUCCAGGCCGCCAAAUGUUCUGGAAACAUCGCUAGUGAACACAAGUACAGGCACAACUAUAUAGCAGAGAAAGGGAAGCACAUUGGUGCCAGGAGUGUACUGGAUGACCCCAAGAUGAUGCACUGUCUCCGAAUGGCGAAGUUACAGAGUGACCAGCAGUAUAGGAAAGAAUCCCAUGAUCUCAGGUCCCAGUACCAUCUUCCAAUGGACAUGGUACAUCUGGUUCAUGCAAAAAGGGCUCAGGCAUUGGCCAGCGACCAGGACUACAAGCUGAGACUCCAUGAAUACACUUCUGAACCCGAAGAUCUGAAAUUACAAUGGGCAAAACGAGCGCACAAACUACAGAGUGAGUCACGUUACAGGUCCGACCUAAACUUUAUGAAGGGUGUUGGCUGGCAGGCUGUGGGCUCACCGCAGAUAGAAAGUGUGAAAAGAGCGGGAGAUUUAAUAAGUGAGAGCAAGUAUCGUCAGAAUCCCGGUUCUAUGGCUUUUACAUCGGUGGUUGACUCGCCUAAUCUGAUUCAUGCUAAGAACAGUUAUCUGCAGUGCAGCGAUAGAUUGUACAAAUCUGGUGACUCAGAGUCUAUGCACAGAUGCUCGUUACCUCCUGAUCAUCCCGAUUUUAUCAGAGCCCGUAUGAACGCCUUCCAGAUAAGUGACAAAGCCUAUAAAACCUCAUGGGAGCAGUCCAGGGCAGCUGGUUAUGACUUCCGACUUGAUGCAAUUCCCUUCCAAACGGCCAAAGCAUCCAGAGAAAUCGCCAGCGAUUUCCGGUACAAGGAAGCUUUCCUUAGAGAUAAGGGACAUCAGAUUGGAUUCCGCAGUAUUAAUGAUGACCCUAAAAUGAAGCAUGUCAUGAGGAUCAGCAAGCUGCAGAGUGACAAGGAAUACAAGAAAGAAUCAAAGGGGACCAGGUCACAAGUCAGAACCAACUUGGACCAGCCUGGGUUUAUCCAGGCAAAGAAGAGCCAGCAGCAAGCUAGUGACAUUAACUACAGACAGCACCUGCACCAGUACACAUGUGACCCACAGCACCUGACCCUGAAACACGCCAAGCAGGCGCACAGUCUACAGAGCGAUGUCAAAUAUAAAUCUGAUCUGAAUUGGAUGAAAGGCAUUGGCUGGACACCUCCCGGGUAUUACAAAGUAGAACUUGCACGGAGAGCUGCAGAAUUAGCAUACGCCCAGGAUACAGAUCCCUAUUAUCCUCCAGAAUCUUCUCAGUCAACAGAUCAAUCCAGCCCAGGAUCCUCACAGCAAAGUGACGUAAACCCAGAUGCUUCUGAGAUCCUACACGUGAAACGGAGGAAAAUGUUCCCUGUAAAGAAAUGAAUACUGCUGGAAUCACUGCAUGGCUAACUUAAUUUUCAUUGCUGCCCCAUUAGCUGAAAUAUUAACUAUAUUUUACCUCUGCACAGAUGCUGUUUAUAUCUUUAAUAUAGAUCUCUGCUAAUCCUGCUUAAAAAGCACAAUUUAACCGAUGUGAAGAGGUGCCAUGUUUUUCUGAUAACAAUCACUACUGAUUGUAUAACCCUUCUGCUCUCAACAGUUUGGUUUUCAGAACAGAAAGAGAAGAAUACAAAAGUUGGGUAGCCUAUAUACAAAAUAAAGCUUGGGAAGACGGAGGAGAGCUAAAAGUAUGUGAGAUAUGAGAACAGAAUGAUACAAAUGAGGAGAGAACCAGGCAGGUCAGAGGAAAUGUGGGAGUAGUUAAAGAUAAACAAAGAAUAGGUAUAAGGUAAUCCAAUAAAAAAAUGACAUUCAAAAUAACAAGUGCCAAACCUUGUGACCUCACAGCACCACUUAUUUAGCUGGUAUUUCAUAGGGUGACCUAUGAAACAUUCCAGAAUUCUUAGCUAAUAAAGGUUUAAUUCUAGUCUUUGAGACCAUAUUUUAACCUGUGAAGUACAUGAGAAAGAAUUAUUAAGAAAGCAUUUGCCACCUGUAGAAUGAUAUGUGAUGUUCCCCAAUACAGAAUGCACUUUAUUGACUGGCACAGAACAGUUUAACAUCUGCAACUAAAUAUAGGGAAUGUUCAGAUUCCAACAUUUCUAAGCAGCAGCAAACUGAGUGCCAUUGUUAUGGGGACACAGUUGUAUCACUUUAGGGUGACCAUAUUGCCGCUUGAAAAAGGGACACAUAUGAAAAAUACAUAUGUCAGGGUUCUUAUACAAAACAUGUCUUUAAACAGCACUGAAAACGGCCCUGAUGUGUAUUUUCCAUAUGUGUCCCUUUUUAAAGCGGCAAUAUGGUCACCCUAUAUCACUUGCUGUUUGGAAUGUUAACGCUCAAAAAAUAAAGCUUAUUAAGAGUGGGCUGUAAAACAUAUGGAAAAGAGUGACAGUAUACAGAACUGAGCAAAAAGGGUGCUGGUACACGGUGCCAGCCUCUGUUUCAUGGCACCUGGUCAAUAUUGUAUUUUGUCCGUUUUUUCUUUGCUUUGUUAGAUAUUAUAGCAGUGUCCGAGAUAUUUCAGAUCUCAUUGGAAAGUGGGUCAGUGUUUGGGUUACAAAUUUACUGACUUAUAUGUCUAGGUUGGUCUGCAGUAAGCCUAAAAAUGUUUAUUUUCUACUGCAGUGAUUUCUACAGAUUACGUCAAAAAAUUCCUGAAAUAUGGAAAUUAGCUCAUUAUUGCUUUUUGUUAAACCUUGGUGCUUGAAUGGGGCAUUUUUUUCACCAAAUGAAAUUGUUACUUUUGAAUAGAAAACUGUGUUAAAUUACAUUUUGCAGCAUUUUAGUACUAGAACACUGGCAGGAUCAGUUUUGUACUAGAAAAUAUGACUUGGAUUGUAAUUAAUUUGUAGAAUGUGGAAUUGUUUGUAUUGAAUAAACUGACUGAUCAUA